UUUGUAUACGUGACGUGCAUUUUGCAUACACUGUUGACUACAAUAUCGACGCCAUUUUGAGUUUUACAACGCCCUGCCGAAAACCAAACUCAACAUGACAAGUGCUCUAGCGGACCAUGUGUACAUUCCAGCCCGUCUGAAAAGCAGAUGGAAUAAAGAUUCUUACAAAUGGAGCGUGGAAGAAACGAAAUUGUUUUUGGAGCUACGUCGGGAAAACAUCGCAAAGUUUCAUUCUGGUAACCGCGGGAGCAUCCAGAAGGCGUUUGGAGAAAUACUCGAUGAGAUGGGCUUGACUGGUAAAGUAACUCCUAACCAGGCCCGCAAAAAGUGGAACAACUUGGCACAACUCUAUCGGAAAAUUGUGAAGCGACAUCAACACGCCGAACUCGGAAGCAACAAGUUUGUCUUCCAGGCCAACUCUUGGCCGUUCUUCAAAGACGUGCAGAUGAAUCUCCUGCUUGAGCCAGAUUUUGAAGGAGCAACAUUGUGUGAUGUAACAACUGCUGAAGAUUUAGGGCAGCAGAUUGCAGCACAGUUCCUGAAAACAGCCUUCGUCCCACUAGACCCGGUCGAAGAUGAUGAUGAGAGGGAGCCGAAGGACCCACCGCCCACCACCGCAGAACAAGAACAACCCCAGGCUCUUGUCAAGAAAAGUACGGCAGAAAAACCUGUUCGAGAGAAGAAGUCGAGACAAAAGCAUCAGCAGGAGAUGCUUCUUGAGACGAUUAAGGAAUUGAGCCGCCUCCAAAAGAAACAGGAGGAAAUUCUGCACGCCCAGAAUCAGCUGACUAUCUCACUUCUAACCCAACUCGUGUAGACAUUGUUUCUUAGUAGGUCUGUACUGGCACGAUGGAGACCUAUUGGAAGUAAAAUGACAUCAGUUGGGUAGUAAUAAUACUAUGUAUUUAAGUUAGAAAA